GGUUUAUUCCUUCUUGGAAACACAGUACGCUGCUGCGUAGGGAAUAAACAUCCAUUCUGUUUUGUAAUGAACCAAGCGUUCUGUUUCUGGAUUUUCAUUACUCUCUUAAUCUUAGCAAUUUACCUGUUGACAUUACCUCUAAAAACGAAUGCUGCUGAAAGCGUGCCAGAAAAACCUGAGUCUGAUUCCCAGGAUACAAGUGGACAAGUAUGUCACGUCAAGUAAAAAAAUUUCAAUUUUGGAAAUCCUUUCAGAAAUGCUGAGUGUCAUACAAAAAUACUACAUUGC